CAGAGGUCCUCGGCGGCCAGAUCUCCACGAACUGCUGUCGGUUGAGCAAGAUCUACACCGUCGUGCCUUCCUGAUUCAUCUCCAUGUUCAUCUCGUGACUGCAAGCAUCGCUUUCCGCAAUGGCCGAGGAACCGUCUGCUGCUGUGGAUGGUCUUGUCAGGGUUGUGGUAGGCAGGGACGGCAGUACAGAGGCUUUCAACGAGAAAAAUGUGACCAAGGGCAAACACGCGCGAGCGCUCCAUCCUCAUACGCGCUGUUCUGUGUUUGUUCUAUGGGUGGUUCUGUUGUGUGCGUUGCAGUCUUUGCUCAGAAGGCACAGCUCCUUCUUCGAUGCGGCGCUGCGAGACCGUGAUGACGUUGCAUUCACUGAAGGCGCCUCAGAUACUUUAACUCUCUCCACCGUCCACCCGGAGACCUUCAGACACUUUCCUGUCCUCGCAUCGAUGGGGGAUCUCCGCGACGAAACGCUUCUACGCAAGCAUAUUGCCAUGCUAAGGGACCGGGACAACGCUCUGGAGGUCAGCCGAGUCGCACACACAUGGCAUACACACGCUUGUGGCUGUACGAUGACUGUAUGUGUUCGCUGACCAGGUGCCUGGUGAGCAUUCCGACAGCAAGAGCGAUGGCAGCGAUGGCAGGAAGGAUGGCCUGCUGUACUUGUUCGAGAUGUGUGCCUUUUUGUCGAUGGACAAGCACGUCGAGGCGAUCCUCAGCGUGUUGUUGGAGCACACAGACCGCCUCCCUGUCAACACCGUGGCCUUCCUGCUCAGGCUCAAGCCAGAUCUGCUCGACAGUCCGUUGUUCCCCAAGGCGGCCCUCGCCAGAGCUCUCAAAGAGAAGCUCAAGGACAUGGAGGCCGACGCCAGGCGAGAGGCCAUGCAGUCGCUGCCGUUCGCCUUCGUGAUGGACAUUAUGGAGCUGUUUGUCAGCUCGUCCAACGAGCUCGAUCAGGCGAACUCAGCUAUGGGGAAGCAGGCAGCGGAGCUGAACAAGAUACGGCUGAAGCAGGGGGCCCUCAGGCAGGCGGCGCAGAACAACUUGUGCCACACCUGUUCUCGGCAGGUCAUGAAGUAUGUGUAGCGAGAGGCAUGUGUGUGUGGUGUGUGGUGGUGUGUGUGUGAUUUAUCGAUCGCGUGUUGACGGCCAGCUGAUGGACCCCUUUUAUUCACGGAUGUGUGUGGCCUCUUUGUGUAUGGGAGACUGUGUCGUGUGGAUUUGUUGAAUCACUUCAUCCUGUCCGUCACCCUCGAUCGAGACAAUCAAGAUAGAAGAGGUGCUUCGAUCGAUUUCAUCAAGU